AUGUCCAGUCCCCACCCUACACAUCUUCCGAGCCUGGCUACACGUCCACACUUCUGCCCUCAGAUCCACUUCUUCGUCUUCAAGAAAACGGUGCAGCGGAUGGCGCUCCCUAUCACCUCCUACAGCCGUCGACUUGCCCACGACGAGAUCCGAGUCCUUCUGUUGGAGCCUUCGUCCGACCGUACAGCCGAUAUACGAUGCGACCUGGUAGUCAGAGCAGUGGACGCCAGUUCCCCAGCAUACGAAGCAUUAUCGUAUACCUGGGGCCCGCCGUACCUUGCUGAAGAAGACGACGGCGCCGCUUUGACCGGAUACACCGAGGAGGUCAGACACAUCAGCCUCUGCGGCAUACGGCAGCCAGUCGGGUCCAACUUAUCUGACUGUCUAAAGCGCCUUCGAUUUCCUAGAUCGACAAGGGUCCUUUGGGUGGACGCUCUGUGCAUAAAUCAACAAGACGACGAGGAGCGAUCACAUCAGGUAUCCAUCAUGUCAAAAGUGUAUCGAAAUCGUAGCCGGGUCGCGAUCUGGCUCGGUGAAGAUUCUCCAAUCCACGAAGCCGAAGUCAUGAUGCCGUUCUUCCGCAGCAUCUUCGAGCCUUCGUCGGAACUCGAGAAGUUCGAGACAAACUUGCCUUACAGGAAAGGGGCAGAAGAUUGCCAAUGGAUAGACCAAAGAUUUCAACGAUUGCUCACAGACAUUCCAGGAGUUCCAACAGUACGCGAGAUCACGUCCUACGCCAACUCAACGAAUUGGACCGAUAUUAACGGAGCACCUGUUUGUUUCCACAAGGACGACCGUGGGUUCGAAAGAAGCCCCAUCGCAACCUACUUCUGGCAGUGCUUCUUUCACAUGUGUACGCAGACAUGUUUCCGGCGAAGAUGGGUACUCCAAGAGCUGUGUCUUGCCUCGCGGGCGGAGGUCCUCUGCGGCGACUUCCACAUGGAGUGGCAUCAAUUCACUGCCGCUCACUAUCUCACCCACGACCUUUUACGGGAUAUGGGCUCAGGUCUGCCGCUAUGGGAAUUCAUUGACCCUCCUGCCCUGCGUCCCUACCGGCCGAGCGACGUCGAAAAGAGGAGGGAAGGUUUUCCUCGUGAGUUUCGGACUUACGAAACGCCAGACAUGGGUCCGGGCAUGGCGCUCCUUUCACAAAUGCGAACAUUCCAUGAUGCCAUGUGCCAGGACCCGCGCGACUGCAUCUACUCCUUGAUGGCGUUCGACGAUCGUCAGACCGUGCAACCUGACUACUCGCUAACCCCGCAGCAGCUGUGGACUCAGUUCUACCGUGUCUUAAUAUCUGAGGGUCAUCUCAGCUGUCUGCUGACUGAAGCCUCCCGACAGAUCAGCUCUCAGCAAUCAGCACUUUCUAAUGACAACCGACGCAGAUUACGAUUUCCAGCGCUACCAUCCUGGCUGCUCGACUUCGCCGCUGUGGAUACAAUGGAUUCCUUUGAACACUUACACCUAGCGUGCGGCAAAGCCCAAGUCAGUACCGCCCGCAUCCACGAGCCCGAUCGCCUGGACUGUACGCUCCAGUGCAUUGGUCAGGUGGUGCUUCGCACCGCAUGGGCACUCCUGGGACCUGAAAUAUCCGCGGCGACGCUAAAUGCUGUGAGCAAGGCAGGCCCCUCGCCCAUCGGCGGCCAGUAUUCCUUCUCGUUCACAGCUCCGCAAGCGAUCGAAGUCAUCGGCGGCCAUAAUUUCGCCCUACACAGCGGUGACUACAUUUGCCUUUGGUUGGCCGGAGGCUACACUUCCUGCAUAGCACUGCGCCGCGUACACGGGAAGGAGAAUAUGACCACGGACGCGCUGCAAGAGGAUGUCUAUCGCAUAAUAGGUCAAGCCGCGUAA